AGGAGAGUAGCGGAGAGGAGAGUAGCAGAGAAACAGUAGCUCAGCCAAGAAUGUGAGAGGGGGGGGAUAGUAAACGGAACAGUAAACGGAUAGUAAAAAACUAACACGGUAAAAAAGUGGAAGAAGUCACACUGAAACAAAACCGCUUUUGAACUUUACUGUUGUUGUGAGGUCUACCCUGGUGGUCUACUCAGGAUCUGACAGCUGGUUGCGAGGGACCAGGAGUCAAGUCCCACAGCCAUGGACGCCCCCGUGGAGCGGUUUAAGGCCGGCAUGGUGCUGGGCGGUGUGGGAGAUGCUCUAGGAUACUACAAAGGGGACUGGGAAGCCUGCACAUCAGGAGCCAAGAUCCAGGAGGAGCUGAGGCAACUCGGUGGUCUGUCAGCGCUGAAACUGGACCCUGACAACUGGUACCUUAGCGAUGGAGCCCUGAUGCUCAUCACCACUGCCGAGGCGCUGGUUACGGAUUACUGGUGCCUGGAAGACCUGUACCGGGAGCUGGUGCGUCAGUACGUGGAGGCCAUGGUGAAGCUGCAGGGGCGGCCCCCCGAGCAGAGCACAGUGGAGUCCUGCGCCGACCUCAAGCCUGACAACUUCCUGCUGGCCUGGCACACACCCUUCAACGACAAAGGCUCUGGCUUUGGUGCGGCGACUAAGGCCAUGUGUGUUGGCAUGCGGUACUGGCAGCCCGACAGACUGGACAGCCUGGUGGAGGUCAGCAUCGAGACUGGACGCAUGACACAUAACCACCCAACAGGCUUUCUAGGUUCCCUGUGCACGGCUCUCUUCGCCUCCUAUGCGCUACAGGGCAAGCCGGUGGUCCACUGGGGUCGUGGUCUUCUCCAGGUCAUCCCUAAAGCUGAGGAGUACUGCAAAAAAACAAUCCGCCACAUGGCAGAGUACAUGGAGAAGUGGUUUUAUUUUGAGGCCAAAUGGCAGUUUUAUCUGGAGGAACGAGGGAUCUUAGAGGAAGGACAGGACAAGCCCAUCUUUCCAAAAGAAUACGACGCUGCAGAGACUGACAAGGUGUAUAAGCACUGGAGCUCGGAGGGCCGGCCGGGGAGGAGAGGCCAUGACGCCCCCAUGAUUGCCUACGAUGCCCUGCUGGCGGCAGGCUCCGACUGGGCAGAGCUGUGCAAGAGAGCCAUGUUCCACGGAGGUGAGAGCAGCGCCACGGGCCUGAUAGCCGGCUGCCUGUACGGCCUUCUGCACGGCCUGUCCAAGGUCCCCGCCGGGCUGCACCAGACCGUGGACAGACGCGACCGUCUGGAAGAACUGGGAGUCAAGCUCUUCGAGGCCGCGUCCAAAGAGAAGAAGGCAGAGAAGUAGUACAGUAGUUCUUCCCGUUCCCCUUGCUCCAGAUCCCAAGAAUCUGACUCAGUAGUAAACCAGGUUGAGUUAACCUUGAGGAAGGGGUAAAUCACCUGAAAGAAGGGCCUGGGGUCUGAAUUCCCAUUACAAAAUGACACCUGCAGGCUGUCUAUUACUAGAUUUACCACUUCCUGUAGGUUUACUUAGCCAGGUUUAUCACUUAACCAUGUUCUUGUCAUACCCCCCCCUC